UCUUCCGUCAAUUUUUUUUGUUGCUGUUACUAAGAAUCAGAUAAUGGACCCUGAAGAAAGAAAUUUGAGCUUCAACGAAACCACCAAAAAGUGGCAUUGGUCUCCACCUAAGACAAUAGAAUACCACAGGCGUGACCACCGGGAGACGCUAGACCUGCUGAAAAAACUAAUUCAGUGCCCGGACCUCCAAGUGGAACACAUUGCUCCCCUACGACCCAUGCCCAAACCCUUACCCCUAGCCCUCAACUCCCUAAAAACCGAGUCUGCUGUCGAAUCCAUGUUCCCGUUCGGCAGCACCCUGGACCCCAAACCCCCCAAAUUCGAACUCAUGGAAACCUACCUCACCCCCAACAAAAACAACAAAAAGUGGGUAAAAGCCAAACUUAUCCACGUCGGCGAAGACGUCGUCCACCUCGCCGACAACCAAACCUUCAACGACAUAACAACCACCAAAAAAAACAUAGCCUACCCUGAACCGCCCACCCGGGUCCUAGAGGUUGGCAGCCGUGUCGUGGCUUUGAAAAAACAACUAUCGACCACCGGCGAACUGUCACGAGGACGACGCAAGCACGAAAAGGGCGUGGUUAUGGAAUUUCCAACCAACCAGAACCUACAAAGAUAUUUGGUGGUUUUCGACGACGGCGACUGGGCUUACGUGAAGCCGGAUGAAGUGUGGCUUCUGUGUUAUCAAAGUCCGAGGGCUUGGGACGACGUACCUGAGGAAAAUAAGCACAUCGUGAGGUACUUUUUACACGGGUUAUAUCAAGCAAUAACGGACUUCGAAAAGGGUGAUUUGGUCGUGUACGAAAUGAGACCCAAUGAAUACCAACAUGGCGUCGUUAUAAAAGUUGACGUUUCUAUCUUGUACGUGUGGUUUUCUAAAUAUUGUAAGUGUGUGACACUUUAUAAAGGUCUUGCAAGUUUUAGAGGUUGUUGACAGUUUGUUCUAUUUUUAAUAAAUAAUUUAUUUUAUUUGUGUUAUUACGAUUAAAAUUAGUACAUCGCCAGGAGACACUCUGUUAUCACCACAGUAGAUCAGUAACGAAACUUCAGCAAUAUUUGCGG